AUGCUAUGUCAAUACUUAGUCCUUAUUGUCAGCACGUGCACUCGGGCCGGAUGUUUUAAUACAAUACACCAGCCCCUGUCAGAGUCUUCAUCCACCAGCCCCUGUCAAAAACUUCUCCCACAACGUCCUUUCAAGGUCUUCUCCCACCAGCUCCUGUCAAAGUCUUCUCCCACAACCCUCUGUCAAAGUCUUCUCCUACCAGCUCUGUCAAAGUCUUCUCCCACCAGCCCCUGUUUUAGUCUACUCUCACCAGCCCCUGUAAAAGUCUUCUCCCACAACUUCCUGUCAAAGUAUUCACCCACAACCUCCUGUCAAAGUCUUCUCCAACCAGCCCCUGUCAAAGUCUUUAUCCCACCAGCCAUUGUCAAAGUCUUCUUACACCAGCCCCUGUCAAAGUCUGCUCCCACAACCCACUGUCAAAGUCUUCUCCCACCAGCCCCUGUCAGAGUCUUCAUCCACCAGCCCCUGUCAAAAACUUCUCCCACAACGUCUUUUCAAAGUCUUCUACCACCAGCCCCUGUCAAAGUCUUCUCCCACAACCCCCUGUCUAACCCCUGUCAAAGUUCUCUCCCACAACCUCCUGUCAAAGACUUCUCCCACAACUUCCUGUCAAAGUCUUCUCCCACAACCUCCUGUCUUAAUCUUCUCCCACAACCUCCUGUCAAAGUCUUCUCCCACAACCUCCUGUCAAAGUCUUCUCCACCAUCCCCCUGUCAAAAUUUUCUCCCACAACCCCCUGUCAAAGUCUUCUCCCACACCCCUAAUCAAAGCCUUCUCCCACCAGCCACUGUCAAAGUCUUCUCCCACACCUUCUGUCAAAAUAUUCUACCACCAGCCCCUGUCAAAGUCUUCUCCCAAAACCUCCUGUCAAAGAUUUCUCCCACAGCCCCAUAUCAAAGAUUUCUUCCACAACUUCCUGUCAAAGUCUUCUCCUACCACCUCCUAUCCAAGUCUUCUCCCACAACCUCUUGUCAAAGUAUUCUCCCACAUCUCCUGUCAAAGUCUUCUCCCACAACACCCCUGUCAAAGUCUUCUCCCACAACCUCCUGUCAAAGUCUUCUUACACCAGCCCACUGCCGAAGUCUUCUCCCACCAGCCCCAUGUCAAAGUCUUCUCCCACAACUUCCUAUCAAAGUCUUCUCCCACCAGACCCUGUCAAAGUCUUCUCCCACACCCCCUGUCGAAGUCUUCUCCCACAACCUCCUGUCAAAGUCAUCUCCCACAACCUCCUGUCAAAGUCUUCUCCAACAACCUCCUUUCAAAGUCUUCUCCCACCAGCCCCUAUCAAAGUCUUCUCCAACACCCCCUGUCAAAGUCUUCUCCCACAACCCCUGUCAAAGUCUUCUCCCACCAGCCCCUGUCAAAGUCCUCUCCCACAACCUCCUGUCAAAGACUUCUCCCACAACUUCCUGUCAAACCACUGUCAAAGUCUUCUCCCACACCUUCUGUCAAAAUAUUCUACCACCAGCCCCUGUCAAAGUCUUCUCCCAAAACCUCCUGUCAAAGAUUUCUCCCACAGCCCCAUAUCAAAGAUUUCUUCCACAACUUCCUGUCAAAGUCUUCUCCUACCACCUCCUAUCCAAGUCUUCUCCCACAACCUCUUGUCAAAGUAUUCUCCCACAUCUCCUGUCAAAGUCUUCUCCCACAACACCCCUGUCAAAGUCUUCUCCCACAACCUCCUGUCAAAGUCUUCUUACACCAGCCCACUGCCGAAGUCUUCUCCCACCAGCCCCAUGUCAAAGUCUUCUCCCACAACUUCCUAUCAAAGUCUUCUCCCACCAGACCCUGUCAAAGUCUUCUCCCACACCCCCUGUCAAAGUCUUCUCCCACAACCUCCUGUCAAAGUCAUCUCCCACAACCUCCUGUCAAAGUCUUCUCCAACAACCUCCUUUCAAAGUCUUCUCCCACAACCCCUGUCAAAGUCUUCUCCCACCAGCCCCUGUCAAAGUCCUCUCCCACAACCUCCUGUCAAAGACUUCUCCCAUAACCUCCUGUCUUAAUCUUCUCCCACAACCCCCUGUCAAAGUCUUCUCCCACAACCUCCUGUCAAACCCCUGUCAAAGUCUUCUCCAAAAACCUCCUGUCAAAGAUUUCUCCCACAGCCCCAUAUCAAAGAUUUCUUCCACAACUUCCUGUCAAAGUCUUCUCCUACCACCUCCUAUCCAAGUCUUCUCCCACAACCUCUUGUCAAAGUAUUCUCCCACAUCUCCUGUCAAAGUCUUCUCCCACAACACCCCUGUCAAAGUCUUCUCCGACAACCUCCUGUCAAAGUCUUCUUACACCAGCCCACUGCCGAAGUCUUCUCCCACCAGCCCCAUGUCAAAGUCUUCUCCCACAACUUCCUAUCAAAGUCUUCUCCCACCAGACCCUGUCAAAGUCUUCUCCCACACCCCCUGUCAAAGUCUUCUCCCACAACCUCCUGUCAAAGUCAUCUUCCACAACCUCCUGUCAAAGUCUUCUCCAACAACCUCCUUUCAAAGUCUUCUUCCACCAGCCCCUAUCAAAGUCUUCUCCAACACCCCCUGUCAAAGUCUUCUCCCACAACCCCUGUCAAAGUCUUCUCCCACCAGCCCCUGUCAAAGUCCUCUCCCACAACCUCCUGUCAAAGACUUCUCCCACAACUUCCUGUCAAAGUCUUCUCCCAUAACCUCCUGUCUUAAUCUUCUCCCACAACCCCCUGUCAAACCCCAUAUCAAAGAUUUCUCCCACAACUUCCUGUCAAAGUCUUCUCCCACCACCUCCUAUCCAAGUCUUCUCCCACAACCUCUUGUCAAAGUAUUCUCCCACACCUCCUGUCAAAGUCUUCUCCCAAAACCUCCUGUCAAAGUCUUCUCACACCAGCCCACUGCCAAAGUCUUCUCCCACCAGCCCCCUGUCAAAGUCUUCUCCCACAACCUCCUGUCAAAGUCAUCUCCCACAACCUCCUGUCAAAGUCUUCUCCCACAACCUCCUAUCAAAGUCUUCUCCCACCAGCCCCUAUCAAAGUCUUCUCCCACACCCCCUGUCAAAGUCUUCUCCCACAACCCCCCUGUCAAAGUCUUCUCCCACCAGCCCCUGUCAAAGUCUUCUCCCACCAGCCCCCUGUCAAAGUCUUCUCCCACAACCUCCUAUCAAAGUCUUCUCCCACCAGACCCUGUCAAAGUCUUCUCUAACACCCCCUGUCAAAGUCUUCUCCCACAACCUCCUGUCAAAGUCAUCUCCCACAACCUCCUGUCAAAGUCUUCUCCCACAACCUCCUAUCAAAGUCUUCUCCCACCAGCCCCUAUCAAAGUCUUCUCCCACACCCCCUGUCAAAGUCUUCUCCCACAACCCCUGUCAAAGUCUUCUCCCACCAGCCACUGUCAAAGUCUUCUCCCACCAGCCCAUGUCAAAGUCUUCUCCCACAACCCGCUGUCAAAGUCUUCUCCCACAACCUCCUGUCAAAUUCUUCUCCCACUAGCCCCUUUCAAAAUCUUCUCCCACAACCCCAUGUCAAAGACCUCCCACACCCCUGUCAAAGUCUUCUCCCACCAUCCCAUGUCAAAGUCUUCUCCCACCAGCUCCUGUCAAAGUCUUCUCCCACAACCCGCUGUCAAAGUCUUCUCCCACAACCUCCUGUCAAAUUUUUCUCCCACCAGCCCCUUUCAAAAUCUGCUCCCACAACCUCCUGUCAAAGUCUUCUCCCAUAGCCUCAUGUCAAAGUCUUCUCCCACAACCCGCUGUCAAAGUCUUCUCCCACAACCUCCUGUCAAAUUCUUCUCCCACCAGCCCCUUUCAAAAUCUUCUCACAACCUUCUGUCAAAGUCUUCUCCCAUAGCCUCAUGUCAAAGUCUUCUCCCACAACCUCCUGUCAAAGUCUUCUCCCAUAGCCUCAUGUCAAAGUCUUCUCCCACAACCUCCUUUCAAAGUCUUCUCCCACCAGCCCCUGACGAAGUCCUUUCCCACUAG